GAAUUCUGAGGAACAAAAAGUUCAAGUCCAUGGAGACACUCAUAGUUUUUGACUUUGAUCUCACCAUUGUAGACUGUGACAGUGAUCCAUGGGUGAUGGAGCAACUUGGAGCAACUCAACUCUUUAAUUCCUUGCUUCCAACACUUCCAUGGAACCCUCUCAUGGAUAAAAUGAUGGGAGAGUUGCAUGGACAAGGAAAGUUAAUAAGUGACAUCCAAAAUGGGUUAAGGAGGAUUCCUCUUUAUCCAGAGACCAUCAGAACCAUUAAGUUUGCCUUCUCUUUAGGGUGUGAUCUGCGAAUUGUGAGCGAUGCCAACAUUUUCUUCAUAAAAACCAUUCUUGAAACCCAUGAUUUGCUCCAGUACUUCACAGAGAUUAAGACAAAUCCCGCAUACGUUGAGGAAAGUGGGAGAUUAAGAAUUUGCCCAUUUCAUCCCUUGACAGAGGAUCCUCAUGGCUGCAAUCUCUGCCCUCCCAACAUGUGCAAGGGAGCAAUUAUUGAUGAAAUGAGGAAGUCCAUUAAAGAUGGGUCUGCCAAGCGUUUUAUUUAUCUUGGAGAUGGCGCUGGAGAUUUCUGCCCUACCUUGAAGUUAACUGAGGGAGAUCAUGUUUUCCCCAGAAAAGAGUACCCACUUGGGAAGCUGAUUGAGAAGAAUCCAGAAAUGGUGAAAGCUCAAGUUCAUGGCUGGUCAAAUGCUAAGGAUGUUGAGGAUUUACUGAUGAAGUUGCUUAAACCUUCACAACAAGAUCUCUCUCUUUAGUUUCUUUUACAAGUUGCAAAACUCUCUAGUUUUCAUGAAUUUUCCCUUGUGUUGGUUGUGGUAUUAAUAAUAAUGAUGAUAUGAUUAGUAAUGAUAAAG